CCUCUUCCUCGGGAAGCAAGAAACAUCGGACUUGAUAUAAGGUGUCAAAAGCUCGCAAAGAUAUCCUAAGCUUUAUACGAAUUUACCUAAAUCUUUUGUCACUCAUGAUCACUUACGGCCUCGUUUAACGGGUUCAAUUCGGCAGGCGGUGACCAGAUUGGGAAGGCGGUGAGAGUCCUCUUCUAUCCUACCUGGAGCACAGAUACAUCGCUUCUUGCAUCUGACUAGCUCAAUUUCCAUUUACCACCGAUCAGAAUGUGGUCGUCGAAAGAGGCCAUUGCUGGCGUCUUCUUGUUUUUAGCUGCUGUUGUUUCCAUCGUCAUUGCUAUUGGCGUCCGGGCUAUCUUUCACAACUUUGCUAGCCGGCCACCUCCUUCACCCAACCUGGGUGACGAUACUCCUCAUGUCACCAUAAUUCGACCCGUUAAGGGCAUCGAGCCUCGACUCUACGAUUGUAUCGCCGCAUCGUUUCGCCAGAACUACCCCCAAGACAAGAUUUCGAUUCGUCUCUGUCUCGAAAAUGACUCCGAUCCGGCGUACCCGAUUCUACAGAGGGUCCUCGAGGACUUUCCCGAUAUUGAUGCGCGUAUCCUGUUUGAGGUAGACGACCUUUCGUUGAAUACGAUGCCGAAUAUGGGACCGAAUCCAAAAAUUCGCAAUAUCAGCCGAGCAUACCGAGAAGCCAGAGGCGAUAUUGUGUGGAUUGUGGAUUGUAACGUCUGGAUGGCCAAGGGAGUCUUGGGGCGCAUGGUUGCUAAGCUCAAGGGUCACCAUGUUGGUGGCGGGAGCAAGCCCUACAAAUUCGUUCAUCAACUUCCCAUUGUUGUUGACUUGAUCGACUAUUCCGCGCCGGUUGCAGCAGACGGUCAGCCCCUGUUAGCUGCCUCCUCUGUUGAAGACGAUGACUUAGAUCUGGGCGGAGGGGGUUCUCAUGGUAACCCCAAGCUUUGGACACAGGGCGGUGGAAGACUUGAUGAGAUGUUCAUGGCAACAUCGCAUGCCAAAUUCUACAGCGCCAUCAACACUUCUGGUCUAGCCCCUUGCGCUGUGGGCAAGAGCACCAUGUUCUGCAAAUCUCAGCUCGAUCAUGCGACGAACCCUUUACUAAAUCCUAAGAUAUCAAGGGGCAAGAACCUCCCAACGGGCGUGGAUUACUUUUCGCACAAUAUUUGCGAAGAUCAUAUGAUCGGCGAUGUCCUUUGGAAUGCUAAAUUUGACGGCUACAAGAACCAUGGGUUAGUCUGGGGUGACAUUGCCGUUCAGCCGAUGUCAGACAUGUCUGUCAAGGCAUAUACAGCACGCCGCUCUCGGUGGCUCAGAGCGAGAAAGUUCACGGUUCUCCCAGCUACAAUGAUUGAGCCAUUCACGGAAUCUUUCGUGUUUGCCACGUAUUUGACCUUUGCAAUUACCACACUGCGGAUAUGUGGCAUACCUCCGACCUGGACUGCCAGGGUGAUCAUCUGGCUCACAACGAUCACUGUCUGGAUGGUAAUCGACUUUUUAGGUUACCGACAUUUGCAUUCUGGCGUCACUGUGGAGGCUGAUGAAGACACACCUCGUUUCGCCAGAGGUUCCAUCAAUCGAGGAGGAAUCAAAAGUCGCAAAUUCUCGGAGUUUUUAGCUGCCUGGAUUGCGCGUGAAGCUCUAGCUCUACCGAUCUGGGCAUACGCAGUCGUCUUCGGGAAUACUGUGAACUGGCGAGGAAGGCGAUUCCGUAUCCGUAGGGAUACAACUGUUGAAGCACUUGACCCCGAAGAAGAAGAACGGAGUCGUCAGGUGCCGACUCCUGAGCUCGAAAGGGGAUCUUCCCAGAAUAAGCAACGGGUUGAUUGAAAGGACCACGAUUGAGCUGAUGACAUGACUUGUAUGAGGUGGAUGGGUAGCAUUGACACGGUAUAGACAUGGAUAAAGUAAUGUGUAACGAUAUGGCUUCAAGGUAAUAGUCGUAAUGAUAGACCAUAGCGAAAACAUAAAUAGAUCAUAGCGUUUUUCACUCGGUUUAUAGCAGCGCUUGAGGCUCAAGCAAUACUUGAUUAUCCGACUGGAAACGAAUCAUCCCAAACGUCGGCGCCUGCAUAUUCUAUACAAAACUACUUAUUUUUAUAUUCAAAGUUCUGAG